AACAGUGAUGGACUGUUUACUUCGAUUCAACAUCGUAUGAUGAUUCUCGCCCUCUUUCCUAACCGUUCUUAGCCUUAUCCCCAGAAGCCUUUGUUUUUUGAACACGUAUGGCAGUGUCCACGUGAGCGCUAUGUAGUAAAAAUUAUUUCGUACAAUACAAAUCUACAGAUAUAAUAACGCUAGAAGGUAUAACGUUAUAAAGCGAACAAUGUCACUGUCUGCUUCACACAGAUAUGAUUAUGUAUCCAAGGAGCUUUACACGCUACUUGCACUGGCACUUUAAGGUCAUUAGGUUGUAUCGGAGUCUAUGAAGCUCUGUGUGAAAGGUCAAGGUGAACAUAGCGACUGUUUGUUGCCUGGUUGUUUGUGUGAACGGGGUUAGGGUACUUGAGGUCAUAAGGUUGCAUGAUGUCUUGCACAACGCGUACGUAAGGUUGAAGGUCAAAGGUUACGGAAUAAAGAUGGCGAGCGUUCAUUUCGUGUUUUUGUUGUUCCUGUUUUCUGGUGGAACUGGUCCUGCCUGGGCCGCCAAGGUGUUACUGAUGGGGCCGAGCGGCAGUCACUGGCUCAACCUGGUUUACCUGGCGGAGGGUUUGAUCAGGAGAGGCCACGAGGUGGUUUCUCUGGUUCCGUCUAACCUGUACGACAGCCAGCUCAAGGCGCUCAACUCCCCCAUCCGCCAGAAGAUACGGCUGGAGAAAUAUCAGGUCCCGGUGGAAGGAGACGUGUUUGACAGAAUGAUGCAGCUCCAGGUCCAGUUCUCACUGGGAGAUGCCGAGGACUUCUCCGCCUUUCGGUUCGCCAAGAUGGUCUUCGAUUCCUUGGACGACGCCGUCAGCUUCGGCAGGGUGGAGUGCGACGUUCUGCUGCACAACCGGGACCUGAUGUCCAGGCUGAAGGCCAUGAACUUCGGCAUCGUCAUCAUCGAUCCCGUGACCUACUGCGGACACAUCGUGGCGCGCAUUCUCAAGGUUCCGCUUGCCAUUACGGCGACCCCGGGAAUCGCAACGUUCCACCUCAGCCAGGCCUCUCAGGUUCCCGUUCCCAUAGCAACGUACUACUGCCACAGGACGGGGUUCGUGCAGAGUCUGAAGAACCUGGCGAAUCACGUGAUGAUGGCGAUGAUGGUCAGUUUGAUGACGCGAAACAUCGACUCGCUCGCAUCCGGGGCGCUCGGGUACCAGGUGACGUUCGCGGAGCUGUCGGCGGAGACAGACCUGUUCCUGAACCGGGAGGACUCCAUCGUGUACCCGCCACACCCACUCAUGCCCAACAUGGUGCAGAUAGGGGGGUACCAAGUGCAGAACGCCAGCCCGUUACCAAAGGAUCUUGAAGAUUUCAUGGAGGCCUCGGGAGACGCUGGCGUCGUCAUCUUGUCCUUCGGUUCGUACGCCAAGGCCAUGGGGAGGAGGAAAGCCGAGAUGGUGGCUGCAGGGUUAGCAAGGGUGCCGCACAAGGUCAUCUGGAGGUUCCAAGGUCAGAGACCGAAGAACACCGGAGAGAACACCUUGUUGAUGAGCUGGAUUCCACAAAACGAUUUGCUAGCCCACCCCAAGACCCGCCUGUUCAUCACCCACUGCGGGAUUAACGCCGUGUACGAGGCGAUGUUCCACGGUGUGCCCAUGGUCAGGGUUCCCGCCUUCGCAGAGCAGCAUGGGAACAGCGACAACCUGGAGACUCUGGGAACGGGAGUCACCCUGGACAUCUUCACCAUGACCUCGGAUGACCUUUACGAAGCCAUCAUGGAGGUCGCCAACAACAAAACGUACAAAUCCGCCGCCGUGCGGCUGGCGCAGCUCCAGCGGGACCAGCCGCAGUCUCCCAUGGACCGCGCCGUCUGGUGGAUCGAGCACGUCAUCAGACAUGGCGGCCUGCCGCACCUCAAGUCGGCCGCGCGACACCUCAGCCUGCUGCAGUACCACCUGCUGGAUGUGGCGGCGCUGCUGUGCGCGGCAGGGGUGGUGGUGGUGCUUGUUCUCUGGCUCUGCUGUCGGUGCUGCUGUCGGUGCUGCUGCCGAGUUCUGUGCGGGAAGAAAACAGUCGCCAAACAGAAGCAGCAGUGAUGGGAAAUCUAUGGUAACCUGCAUGCAAGUAUGAUGUUACCUGUCCUUAGUGCUGAACACAAUCCAUGACAUGGCAAAGGCAACGUUAUCUGUAGUCGUCUAUGCUUUUCCUGGGCACAGCCGGUUUACAUUAUCUGUGAUCACCUCCAUAAAAUGAGGACAGAAGCCUGCAAUUUUUUUUCUGUUCACAGCACACUUGUGAAUAAUUUCAACAGGUUGACAGAUGGUUGUAGAACAAAGUUGUUGAUCUAAUAUUUGAAACGUUAUGCGCUCAUUUUUUUCGGACGGAGUGUUACCUCUGACGGAGUAGUGUAGUUGGAUGGUUUGAUGCCUGUUCGCAGAUAUAUCUCGAUGUUCCUAUAUGCUGCAUUCGUAUGUAGUUUUGUACUACGAGGUGACGGACGUUGUUGUCUUUCAUCGUAGCUGUUUAUAAAAGUAAUGUAAUAAUUUCAGAAGACACCUUCACGGUAUGGAAAAGUCACAGCUCUUGUCAAUAGGCAUUUAUGACCUUAGUCUGUCCCGGGCUCUUCAUGCUGACGUCGUAGAUUCUCGACCCAGCUGACUUACGUUAUCUGAUCUCCAAGCAGAUGUUAGCCGUCAGUGUACAGAGGGGGCCGAUUUCAUUUUUUGAAAGAGACUCGCCCAACAAGGGGUCAUGAUUUUGAGUAUGUAGUUAUCUUCAGUAAUGACUUAGACAAGUAAAUUCCAAUCGUGCUAAUUGAAAACUUAUUUUGCUUGAUUAAGGAAGAAAGUUUAUAACUCAGUUGCAUUUUAUGAUAUGACUCAUAGACAUGUGAAGUAUGUGAUAUAUAGAGGAAAAUCGAUAGAUAUCAAUCAUACAUAUGAUUUGCAUAAUUCAUAAAUAAACGCUAUGCUCUAUUAAUGGUAAAAAUGCUGAUUCCAUUAUUGUGGCCUUUGAAAGUUAGGUAAAAUUGAAUAUUCGUAGAUAGAACCCAUCAAGAUUAUGAUCUCAUUCACAUGAUUUAUUAGAAAAGGUUUCAACAGCCUUCUUCUUUGCUAAGAUAAGACUUUCAUACUCUGAACGACCC